CUGAUUUGUGAAUAUCAUGUCGUUAUCUAGGAAAAGAUUCCUUCAAGAUGAGACACCAACUCAUAAAAGGGUAUCCCAUGACUUCCCCACGAUAGCAAAGCUCUAUGGGGUGAUUGCAGAAGCUUCACACAUUCUGAUUCCAAGAAAAUCGGGAGGGGUUGUCUUGGGUCGUAGUAGCGCGUGUGAUCUUCGAAUCUCUGGAACUGAUGUAUCAUCGAAACAUUGUCAAUUUUCAUUGGCGUGUAAUGAGGCUGGUCGUGAGUUUCUAUAUGUGACAGAUAUGAGCUCCAAUGGAACUUUUGUCAAUGAUGAGCUUAUUGGGAAGGCCUCCACUACCCUUUUGAAAAGUGGCGAUAAGUUACAAUUUGCCAAAACUGGUGGAGCAUACAUUUUCAGAUACGCUGUGGAUGAAGUUGAGGAUCGAAAUCGUAAGAAAUCCUUUUUCGAUGACUAUAUUAUGGGUGCACCUCUAGGCUCGGGCCAUUACGCAGUGGUGAAAGAGGCUCGUGAUAGACAUUCAGGAGAUGUGGUUGCUGUGAAAAUCUUCCAUCCUAACAAAGGUAGCAACAAUGUAAAUACCCAGAAACAAGAAGAGGAAACGGCAAAACUUCAACAGGAAAUGAACUUACUUCUUCUGUUCAAUCAUCCCAAUAUCGUCAAGUUUAUAUCGUACUAUGUGGAGCCUAUAUCGCAACAUUCAGUGACAACUUACUUGGUACUUGAAAAAAUGAAUGAUGGUGAAUUAUUCCAAAGAAUUGUCAACAAGCUGAAACUUGGUCAAUUGGAAACAAAGGCCAUCUUCCGUCAACUUCUUUCCGGGUUGAGUUAUUUACAUGACAACAAUAUUAUCCAUAGAGACAUAAAGCCAGAGAAUAUCCUACUAGAUAUAACUCCACGAACCCUGUCUGAGCAGAUCCAAACCGGGCCAUGGGAUGAACAUGAAUUGGAUAUCAAGGUCAAGAUUGCCGAUUUUGGCCUUGCCAAGUUCAUUGGAGAAUUAAAGUUCACCAAUACGUUAUGUGGCACCCCAGCAUAUGUGGCGCCUGAGAUUCUUGAUAAUUCUAAUGAGAGAACGUAUUCAACCAAGGCUGAUAUUUGGCUGAGUGGUGUAUUACUCUAUGUUUGUUUGUGUGGAUUCCCGCCAUUUAGUGAGGAAUUGGCACCUCCUUCAAUGAAAGACCAAAUCUUAGAAGGGAAAUAUGCAUUCUACUCUCCAUAUUGGGACGAUAUCAGCGAUUCUGCAUUGGAUUUGAUCAGUUCAUUGCUUGUGGUGGAGCCAGGCCAAAGAUUUGAUGUUAGUCAAACUGCAAGACAUUUUUGGUUCUCUGAAUCUGAGAAUUCAAUUGAACCAUCUUCAUCGCAGAUUUCCUCUGAAGCAAUGCAUGUCGAAAGCAUUGCAACUUCAACUUCAUCUAUAGAGAGAACUCAACUCAGAUCUAACACUCAACCACUCAGUUUGAGAGAAGCAUACACGUCUGAGUUGAACUUUCAAAAAUCAUCUGUGGCUUAAAAAAAAACAGAAGCAAAAUAAAUGACAUGGAAUGACAUUCAAGCACGCUUACCACUUACUCGCCUUACAACUAGACUUAGAAUGACUUUAGAUAUACCUAUAUACAAAUAAUAAAACCAUUCAUUGAGGAUUCCCUCUAUAAUACAAUGCAUUUUCUUACUCUCUCGC